UGGUACACUAUCCAAACCCGGCCGGGCAUAACCCGAAAACCCGAUUAUCCGAUUAUAGUCCAUCGGAUAAGUUUGGAGCCGGGUCGGAGAAAAACCAUGGCGAGACUCUUCGUCUCUAUCCCUAUGCAACCCAAACAAACUGCCUUCUCCGCGUUUUCUCAGCCGCUACUACCGCCGCCGGCGAACAAUUUCCUCGACGGAGUAGGAGGAGCCGGGGGGUUAUGUCUUACCCGGAGAAUCAGAGACUGUUCCGUCGUGGCGCGAGCGGGGCCCAGCACGAGUAGCUACUUGUUUGCGUUCGCCAUUCCGGCUACUCUUAUCGCCGCCACCGUCUUCACUUCAAUCAAAAUCGCUGAUAAGCUCGACGAAGAUUUCCUUGAGGAUAUUGCGAUGAACCAAGCGCUAAAAGCAGCAGAAGAAGGAGAGAAUGCUGAAGGUGAAAUCUCAAUGGACGAUUUGAUAAAAGAACCCGUGAUUCAACGAACGCGUAAACGGCCUAAACGUGAAAGUCAUUGUGGGAACAACAACAUAGAGAAUCGAAUGGACAAGAAAAAGAACCGUGCUGAUCCACUCGCUGCUGGGCGCCAGAAGCUCCAACAAUUUCGUCAAAAGAAGGCUGACAAAAGCACUGAUCAUAAAAAGGACGCCAAGGGCAGUACAAGCCAAGGAAAAUCCUCUAAAAAGUCUGGUAAAUCUGAGAAGCACGAGCGUAAACCUGACACAAGUUCUGUCAAUGACGAAGCAGAAGCUCCGGCUAAUGUUGCUGCAUCUCAUGUGAAUAUUGGUGAGGAGGUUGUUGAUUCUCCACAAACUUCUGCAAAUGCGUUAGCCCACGAGUAUGUUUCAGUCCAUGGUUCAUCAUCAGAGCCUGAUACGCUUCAGCCAGGAAACACCCCAGAAACUUCUGAUAAUGGAGCUGAACUGAGAAAAGAAGUAGCGAAUUCUGAAAAUGACAUCAGCAUAUCAUUAUCCCCCACUGAAGAAGAGAAUAUGAAGAGUAUCGACAGUGGAGCGGCUGGCACAAUUGAUUCUUUAACAUCUGACCCUGCACAUUCUGGGAAGGGAGUUACCCAUGACGAUGCACCUAUUAGUGUUGACGGAAUCUUUGCUGCUUCUGGAAACCCAGCGGAGGGGGAAGGAGUUGAAGUUGCAAGUGGAUCUGGGAAUGUGGAAAACCCCCAUCAGCCAUCCCCUUUGCAUGAAUUUAUUCCUGAUGUUUCCUUGAUUCGUCCAAGGGGAGAUCAGAUAACUGAUGAAGACGAUGGUUCACACAAGGAUGCAGAUGUGGAUAGGAUUGCAACUGAAGAAGGGCAAACAAGCCAUGCAGCCGUUGUGGAUUCAUCUGCUUCUCCUUCUCACGUUUCAGAGGGAUCCUCAGUUACAUUUGAUUCAGUUGAACUAGAAGGAACAAAUGGUAAAAUUAGAAGCCAACAGACUAACGAAGCUGCCGUCCUUAAUGAAGAGAAAUUAGAGUCAUCCAUUGGUUUUCGUAAUAACAGAGAUCAAGUGCUUUCAGCUGAACCUGAGGAAAGCUCUGUUGCAGAUGUGGCUAGUCAGUUGCAAGUGCCCGAGAGCGUUAGUAAAAUGGACACAUUAGAUCCAUCUGGAGAAGUUUCUGUUGCUCAUGUUCAUGAAGGCCCCUCAGUCAGCUUCUUACAGCUUAUGGAUAUCGUACAGGGACUUGGACAAGAUGAAUUUCAAGUUUUGUGCAACGCAAGAGAGGCUGUUUCCAGUACUGUGCCAGGAACAAGUUCGUUGGAGCGAUUAAGAGAAGAACUGUUUGUUUCGAGAACCAUGGACGAUAUACGCCAUGUGCAACUCACAGAACAUUCUCUUCUACAAAACGAGUUUGAUCACCAACAUAACCAAUUGGUAGCUGAAAUAUCACAGCUUCGUGCAUCAUAUCAUGCGGUGACAGAGAGGAAUGAUUCUCUUCUGGAGGAACUAUCAGAGUGCCAGUCUAGUCUCUCUGCGGCUACCAGCUCAAAUGAGAAGCUCGAAAAUCAGCUUCUUGCUACAGAGGCACAAGUGGAGGAUUUCACUGCUAAGAUGAAUGAGUUGCAGCUUAGUCUAGAAAAGUCCUUAUUGGAUCUAUCUGAGGUGAAGGAAAAGUUCAUCAAUCUUCAGGUGGAGAAUGAUACGUUGGUUGCAAUUAUAUCUUCUUGGAAUGAUGAGAAAAAGGAACUUCUUGAAGAGAAAGAAUCCAAGAACUAUGAGAUUGAGCAUCUCUCAUCUGAGUUAUGCAAUUGCAAGAACUCGGAGGCCAUACUUAAGGCAGAAGUUGAGCGAUUGGAAAAAACUAUUGGUCCGUUGACAGAUGAGAAGAUAAAUCUUGUCGAGGAAAAAUGUAAUAUGUUAGGUGAGGCAGAGAAGUUACAGGAAGAAUUGGCAAACUGUAAGACUUUGCUCACCUUGCAAGAGGUGGAAAGUUCAAACAUAAGGGAGACGCUUUCUUUACUGACAGGCCAGCAGACCAAGCUUGAAGAGGAUAACCUACGAAUCAGAGAAGAAAAUGAGAAAGCACAUUUAGAACUGAGUGCACAUCUGAUCUCGGAGACUUAUUUAUUGUCUGAGUAUUCCAAUCUGAAGGAAGGGUAUUCUUUGCUGAAUAAUAAGAUCUUGAAGUUUCAAGAGGAGAAGGAACAUUUGGUUGAGGAAAAUGAUAAACUUACGCAUGAGCUUCUUACUCUUCAAGAGCGUAUGUCUACUGUACAAGAAGAGCGUACUCAUCUAGCAGUUGAAUUAGGAGAAGCAACAGCGCGCCUUGAUAAACUGGCUGAAGAAAAUACAUCUCUGAGUAGCAGCAUCGAGGUAAAAAAAGCUAGAAUGGUAGACAUUGGUAACGAGGAUACUUCAGGAUUGAUCAAUCAGGAGAUAUCUGAAACAUUUGGUAGAAGUCUAGAAGUCGGUGUUACAAGUAAAGAGAAUCCACCUUUUGUUGAAAAUACCUGCCAAAGUCCCGGGAUACAGCUUACAAAUUUGGAGGAGGUAAUGGACGAUUCUUCUGCGUUUUCUGCCUUGAACAAGAAUCUGGAGAGGGGGGAGAAAAUGGUUCAGAACUUGGAUGAGGCAAUUAAGCAGAUCCUCACCGAUUCUUCAUCGAGUAAGUCUAGCAAUAAAUCUGACACGCAAGCAGUAUCAAAACUGAUUCAGGCUUUUGAGUCAAAGCGACAACAGGAAGAACAUGAAUCUGAAAAAGCACAGUUAACAGGUGAUCAGUCGGACGAAUUUGGUUCUGUGAAUGUGCAGAUUAGAAAUUUGAGAGGCUUGCUUGAACAGUUAGUGUUGAAUGCUAAGAAAGCGGGUAUACAAUUCAAUCAGUUAAAUGAUGUCAGGAUAGCGACAAAUCAACGACUCGAGGAGUUUAGUGUCGAAUUUGCAUCUCACCAGGACCACAUUAAUUUCCUGGAAGCAGAUGCUAUUGAGAAUACAAUUUCGUCUGAAGCUCUAAAGAAUUACUCUUACGAGCUGCAACUCAAAAACCAGGAACUUGAAUUUCUCUGCGAAUCAUUGAAGCUGAGAAAUGAUAGUAUCGGUCUAGAAAACACGGAGCUCAACAAGAAGCUAAAUUCUUGCUUAUCGAGAAUCUGUGAGCUUGAAAUUCAGCUGGAAAGCUUGCAGGAUAAUUUAAGUAGCAUGUUGUCCUCAAUGGAAGAACAGUUGGUGGCCUUGCAGGAUGAAUCUGAGAAGGCAAUGAUGCUAGAACAUAAAUUGACAUCAUCAAUGUCUGAAUUUGGUGAUGCAGUUGUGAGACUUGAUGAUUGUUUGCUCAGAUUUGGCACUGCUGAAGCUCACGUCGUCGGCGUAGAUAUGACCAAGCGUAUGUCUGGCUCUGUUGACAUGGCUGUAAAGGUGAUUGGCGACUUGGAGGAAAAACUAGCAGUUGCUUAUGCGAUGCAGGAGUCCUCCUCUAACAAAUGUGAGGAGUUGAAUCAGAGUCUCAACACUCUGCUUGAGAAAAAUGAAUUUGUAACGGCUUCAAUGCAUAAGUUCUAUGCUGAUCUGACGAAACUGAUCACUGAACCAUACGGGUCUGUGGAGGUGGCCAAACUAAAAGUUGAAAAUCUAGCUGUCGCUGAUCCUUUUAAUGAUGGUAAUUGUGAGAAUUUGAUGGAGGCUGUGCGAAAUAUUAUUUCUGAGAGGCGCGAACUUCAGCCUGUGAUUGAUAAGCUACAGUCGGACUUGUUGAGUAAAACAAACGAUAUGGAAGAACUUACGGUACGAAGCCUGGAUCCCACUUCACUUCGAGAGUUACUUGAGAAAGUUGAGGGUGUUCUGGAACUUGAAAGUGGUGGAGAUAGUUUUGAAUCCCCUAGUUCAUAUGUGGAGUUUCUGGUUUCUCAACUUGUUCAGAGGUUUAUAGAGGCUGAGGACUUGGCUAAUCUCAUCAGGAAACAGUUAGAUGCCAAGGAGAAUGAGCUGAUGGAGAUCCAGGAGAGUUUACUGCACCAUAAAACUGAAAUGGGUGGCCUCAGGGAAAAUUUAAGACAGGCAGAAGAGUCCCUUGUGGCUGUACGAUCUGAGUUACAAGAGAAAUCUAAUGAACUUGAACAAUCAGAGCAGAGGUUAUUAUCGACUAGAGAGAAGCUUAGUAUAGCUGUGGCAAAAGGAAAAGGUUUGAUUGUUCAGCGUGACAAUAUCAAGCAAUCGCUGGCCAAAACCUCUGCUGAACUGCAGAGGUGCUCGGAGGAAUUGAGUUUGAAGGACACAAGGCUUCAGGAAGUAGAAGCGAAACUCAAGACCUAUACAGAGGCAGGUGAACGUGUGGAGGCAUUAGAAUCUGAGCUUUCUUACAUCCGAAACUCAGCUACUGCACUUCGAGAAUCGUUUCUUCUCAAAGACUCUCUGCUUCACAGAAUCGAAGAAAUCUUGGAAGAUUUGGAUCUCCCAGAGCAUUUUCAUGCUCGGGAUAUACUCGACAAGGUGGAGUGGUUAGCAAGAUCAACUAACGGCAACUCUUUGCGUCCCUCUGAUUGGGAUCAGAAGAGUUCUGAUGGAGGUGCGGGAUAUAUUGUCUCAGAACCCUGGAGAGAGGAUGGUCAAACUGGCACAAAUUCUGAGGAUGACUUAAGGAUCAAGUUCGAGGAGCUCCAGGGGAAGUUUUAUGGGUUGGCUGAACAGAAUGAAAUGCUGGAGCAAUCAUUGAUGCACAGGAAUAAUUUGGUUCAGAAAUGGGAAGCACUCCUAGGGAAUAUUGAUAUGCCUCCACAGCUGAAGUCAAUGGAAAUGGAAAACAAGAUUGAGUGGCUUGCAAGUACAAUAUCAGAGGCUAUUAAUGAAAAGCAUACUCUCCAACAGAAGAUUGAUAACCUUGAAGUCGAUUGUCAAUCAUUAAGUGCUGAUUUGGAAGUCUCACAGAAGCAAGUAGAUGAUGUCGAGGCAAAUCUUCAGUCGGUUGAUAAUGAGAGGGUGAGUCUUUCUAAAAGACUGGAAACUCUGAAUGGUGAUCACGAGAAUCUUUCUGCUAGGGCCAAUGACCUUGAAGUUGAGAAUGAGAAACUGCAAAAUCAAGUUAAAGAUCUGCAUGGAAAAUUGGUGGUGAAUCUUGGAAAUGAAGAGCAACUUGAGACUAUUGAAGGAGACCUUUUGAGAUUGAGGUACACGAUUAAUGAUGUUAUACAGGAAGAUGACUUGCAGGAUUUGGCUUUAGCAAGUAAUUCUGAGACCUUGGAUGGACUUCUGAGAAAACUGAUAGUCCAUUAUAAGAAUUUGGUGAAAUCGAGUUUGCCACCUGACAUAGAUGACAGCUUCGGUGAAACUCGUCCACCAAAUGCUGAUGUUAGAAGCAGAGAGUCAUUGGGUACACAUGAAGCAACUUCUCAUGGGCACCAUCCUGAAUUGACUGAUUCUAAUGUAGUGGAAGCAACAAGUAGAGACAUAGCAGUCGUAGAGACACCUGACGUAGCUUCCCUAACAAGAGAUCUGGAUGAGGCACUGCAUGUCCAAAAGCUGACAAGGGAAGAAAGGGAUUUGUAUAUGGAAAAACAGCAAUCCUUGGUUGCUGAAAAUGAGGCACUUGAUAAGAAAAUCAUAGAAUUGCAGGAGUUUCUUAAACAAGAAGAACAGAAGUCAGCCUCUGUAAGAGAGAAGUUAAACGUAGCUGUCCGGAAAGGGAAAGCUUUGGUCCAACAAAGGGAUAGCCUGAAGCAAACUAUUGAGGAGAUGAACGCUGAGCACGGUCGCCUGAAAUCAGAGAUUAUCAACCGAGACGAAAUGCUCGUGGAAAAUGAAAACAAAUUUAGGGAGUUGGAAUCUGACACUAUGAGGGUAGAAGCCCUAGAGUCUGAGUACCAAUCGUUGAAGUAUCAAUUGCAAGAAACUGAAAAUAUUUUGCAGGAAAGAAAUGGUACAUUGAGCAUGACAUUGAAUGCGUUGAAUAGCAUCGAUAUUGGUGAUGAAGGUGACAGAUAUGACCCAGUUCUGAAGCUUCAACGGAUCUCACAACUGUUUCAGAAUAUGAGUACAGCUGUGUCUUCUGCUGAGCAGGAGUCCAGAAAAUCUAGAAGAGCAGCUGAUGUGAACACUCUGAGGAAAAUACUCGCAGGUACCAACAGUUGCCUAGCUGAUAUUUUCACCAUGGAUAUGGAGUUUCUGCAUCAUCUGAAGGCAAAUAUGGAAUCAUGUGCGAAGCAAACGGGUACUAAUUUGUCUGGCUGGCCGCAACUAAAUAUUGUAGACAAGGAAAUCUUUUCACGCUUGAGUGCUGCCUUGUCUAAUGACAACGUGCGUGAGAUUUCGAGUGGUGGAAACAUAACCGAAUUUUGUGGUUCUCUAUCACGAAACCUUGAUCAAGUUGUGGCCGAUGUUAGCCACCUUGAAGAGAAUGUAAGCAAGCACUUGGCAUCAUGGCAUGACCAGGUCAACAUUGUAUCCAACAGUAUCGACACCUUUUUCAAGUCAAUAGGAACGGGAACAGACUCAGAAAUUGCCGCUUUGGGUGAAAGAACUGCGUUGCUUUAUGGAGCAUGUUCUAGCGCGUUGGCGGAAAUUGAAAGCCGUAAGGCUGAACUGGUUGGAAACGAUAAUUUCAAUCAAGUAGAAGAAGAUUUUUCGUCCAUUGAAUCUGUCAGGUCCAUGGUAAAUAGGCUAUCGUCCGCUGUUAAAGAGCUUGUUGUAGCAAAUGCUGAGACUGUGGAGAGAAAUGAAAAGGAGAUGAAGGUAAUCAUCGCAAAUUUGCAAAGGGAGUUGCACGAAAAGGACAUUCAAAAUGAUAGGAUGUGCAAUGAACUUGUGGGUCAAGUUAAGGAAGCCCAGGCUGGUGCUAAAAUCUUUGCUGAAGAUCUUCAGUCUGCAAGCGCGCGGAUGCGUGAUAUGCAAGACCAGCUGGGCAUUUUGGUGCGGGAACGGGAUUCUAUGAAGGAGAGAGUAGAAGAGCUGCAAGAAGGGCAGGCCUCACACUCGGAAUUACAGGAGAAGUUCACAUCGCUUAGUAGUCUACUAGCUGCAAAAGACCAAGAAAUCGAGGCAUUAAUGCAAGCGCUUGACGAGGAAGAGUCUCAGAUGGAGGAUCUGAAACACAGGGUUACGGAAUUAGAACAACAAGUGCAACAGAAGAACCUAGAUUUGCAGAAAGCUGAAACUUCUCGUGGGAAGAUUUCCAAGAAGCUAUCAGUUACUGUGGCUAAAUUCGAUGAGCUCCAUCAUCUCUCUGAAAAUCUUCUAGCUGAAAUCGAGAAACUUCAACAACAAGUGCAAGAUCGGGAUACCGAGGUAUCUUUCUUAAGACAAGAAGUCACUAGGUGCACCAAUGAGGCUCUUGUUGCUUCUCAAAUGGACACUAAGAGAGAUUCAGAAGAGAUCCAAACUGUACUGUCUUGGUUCGACACAAUAGCUUCACUACUAGGUCUAGAAGAUUCACCUUCCAGUGAUGCUCACAGUCACAUAAACCGCUACAUGGAGACACUUGAGAAAAGGAUUGCGUCUAUCCUAUCUGAAGUAGAGGAAUUACAGUUGGUCGGACAAAGCAAGGAUUCGUUGCUGGAAGCUGAGAGGAGUAGAGUGGCUGAGCUCAGACAGAAAGAAGCAACUCUUGAGAAAAUAUUACAUGAGAAGGAAUCCCAACCAAACAUGUCAACAAGCUCGACUUCAGAGAUCGUUGAAGUGGAACCUCUGAUAAACAAGUGGACGGCGAGUGGAACAUCGAUCCCAUCUCAAGUCAGGAGUUUGCGUAAGGGAAACAACGAUCAAGUUGCCAUUAGUAUAGAUGCAGAUCACGCUGAUCAAAGCCGUAGCUUAGAAGAAGAUGAUGAUAAAGCUCAUGGUUUCAGAUCACUCUCUACGUCAAGAAUCGUUCCUAGAUUCACAAGACCAGUGACUAACAUGAUCGAUGGUUUAUGGGUCUCCUGUGACAGGACGCUCAUGAGACAACCUGCCUUACGGUUAAGCAUAAUGAUUUACUGGGCAAUAUUGCAUACUCUUUUGGCUACUUUCGUGCUGGUCUCUCGUUACGGCAAUGGCUCCUCAAAGUCAAAGUUAUCGAACAAAAUGUCACGUGUGUAUGUGGGAAAUUUGGACCCGCGAGUUACUGAGCGUGAACUCGAGGAUGAGUUUCGUGUCUAUGGAGUUAUCAAGAGUGUUUGGGUUGCCCGUAGACCACCUGGCUACGCUUUUCUAGAUUUCGAGGAUCCUAGGGAUGCUCGUGAUGCCAUCCGUGAUUUAGAUGGCGUCGCAGCCGGAGCAGGAGUCGCAGUCCGAGAUACAGGAGGAGCCCAAGCUAUGGACGGAGGAGUUAUAGCCCUCGCGCAAGAUCUCCUCUUCCACCAAGGCGUCGCAGCCCUACUCCUCCUCCUGCUCGUGGUCGCAGCUACAGUAGAUCACCACCUCCUUACAGAGGGCGUGAGGAAUUGCCUUAUGCUAAUGGAAAUGGACUGAAAGAUAGACGCAGAAGCCGGAGUUGAGAGUUUAUGCUGGAAUGAUGAAGAAGUACUACUUAGCUUUGGAACGGAAGAGAACUUAAGGAAAAUUGCUAUCAUCUAUGAAUUUUCAGUAAGAGAACAUGUUUAAGGUGGUCGGGGUUGGAUAAAAAGCUUGCUACGUUUGCAUUUGGGAUAUGAAGCGUAUGUAGUUGUGUGUGUCUGCGCAUUAGGUAAAAAACAUUCUAAUUUGUACCCCUAGUUUCUUGAAAGACAUAAAUGUUUCGUUUGGAAAAUCUGCUAAAAUGCCUAUGCGUUUCUUUUUGUUUCUUGUGUGUUUCACUGCGUCGAGGUUUCUUCUGGUCUACUACUACUACUAGUUGCUUCAUUGCUUAUCUGCUUGCUUCUCUACUCUUCUCCUAUGAAGCAUCAUUUAGUUGCUCGGCCUGCUAUGGGAAAGUUAAACCACGAUUGUGGAUCCCUUCUUGUCUUGCUUCUGCUUCUGCUUCGCUUCAUCUUCGUCUUCAUGGCUUAUCUUUUCAUCGCUUAUCUUUUCGUGAACUUGAGCUGCAUCACUUGGCAGGUACUAUAAAAUCUGCUCCAUGAAAGAUUCUCAACACGUUGUAGACCCCUCUAAGCACCUCUUUAGUGAAUGUUGUGGACCCUUAGGAGCCUAGUUUUAGUUGGCUAAUGGGUCUCAAUUUGGUGUUAUCGACUCAAAAGUUGUUAAACUGUUUGCCUUGUAAAGUUUUAUUCUAAUUUUGAAGUGUAAAUUGCCUAAACUGAAGAUUGAUGUCAUUGCUUUUAUUGAAGUUAAUGUGCAUCCGUUUCCGCAACUAAUUCAUUCUCUUCUCCCC